UGGGGGGGUCCACAGAGGCUGACAGUGAAAAUAGGAUGUCUUCUGACAGCGACUGAAAGAGGUUUGGGUGUAAGGAGAUACCUUAAAUUUGAACCCACAGAGACCAUAAAGAUGAGAGUUGAGGUUUGGUGGAGGGGAAGGAAAAAUGGGGAGAGGGUCAGACACUGCAUCAUUUAAGUACUGUGGCUGAUGUCACUUCCUAGGCACCAUAAUUGGUCAUCAGUGACUCUUCAAGCGGUGAAGAAUGGCUAAAUGAAAACACACACACUCACGCUCAAAGGCGCACACACACUCUUCCCCAGGGGAGUGAAAGAAAGCUUCAGUGAUCCAUUGAAACCUUAAUUGCUCGGACCUUACACCCACCUCUCUCUCUCUCUCUCUCUCUCUCAUGCACACUCUCCCCCCUUCCUUCUCUCUCUCUCUCUCUUUCUCUCUCUCUCUCCCUCACACACCUUUGAAGUGGGCAUCUCUCGUCUGUUGAGCGCCUCGCCGUCGCAUAUUUCUCGGCUCACCUAUACACUCAUUCGCACCUCCGCUGCCGUGGCCCCCAUGUGGCCCCUCCCAAACCGGUCAAGAUCGUUAAAUGGGUUAACUCUGUCACCGGGAGAAAGCGAGAUAAAUGCAGCGGGAGCGUCGGGAGAUCCCCCACCGCUGUUUUACUACCGAUCUGCACCCAAAGACACCGUCCUCUCCACUGCGACGUGUUGAUUCGACAGAGUAGAUAGAAUUGAAAUCGUGAUUUACGGUUCGAGGAGGAGGAGAGUGGCAAUAAUAGCAGCAGAAGCGAUUCUUAGACCCAGACCCGUGGGCGGCUGGGUGGCGUCCGUCUGGGUGAGUUGAUAGGACGAAGACUUGGCACUCUACCUACCAACUGCUACAUCCCAAAAAUCUCCAAGAUAUGGCGAUGAGAAGUGAGGUGUAGAAAUCGGAUGGGAGGCCAUAAAUGUGGGUUUAUGCUGCAGCUGAAACGGACACAUUUUCUCAUUUUCCUCCUCCUCACCUUCACCUAACCAGUUGAUAUUUCGUCUCUAAAGUGUGCAGCACAUGACACCCUGGUGAAUCCCCGAGGCUGGUCCCACACACAGACUGAAUGAGUCCAUCUCUGGCUGUCGGACGGACUCCUCAAAAGCACAGGACGGAUGCAAACAGAAUAAACCCAUCUUGGCAAAUCGGAACACCCUCAGCGUCUCCAGCAGCGACGAGUUUUGUAACGGAGCUGGGUGAAUCUGUCACCGGGGGACCCGUCGUUUCACAGGCAGGUAGGCUGUUAGAGUGUCACCUCUGGGUGCUUGUGUUAAAGGUGAUAUAGGUGAUUACUGAUACCUGAUCAGCCGCCCAUGCGUCUGUGCCUCUCAUGGCUGCAGAGCUGCACGGGCGACUGCACCUGUUGUAAUCCGUGGAAAUGUGCGCGCGUGCCUGUGCGCGCAUAAGUAAAUAGACCACCGUGCAUGUGCCGAAAGUCUGGAUGAUCUGUGUAUGUUUGUUGACGGACAUGUGUGUGUUUGUGUGUGUGUUUGCAUUCCGACUCUUUCAUCUCCUGAAAACCUCUCUCCAGCUGUUUGUGCGCGUCGCGCGCGUCACUGCGCGCUGCGUGGGUUUGAUCAGUGUGACUAGAGAGUGAUUACAGGUCCAUCACACGUGCUCUAUAAGUGCAAUUACUGUGUAAUUGUCUCGACAUGCUGCGGGAUGUAAAGCACUCUAUCACAGGCUACAUGGGGCUUUAUGGCUGUGUCAGCCGCCCUCGUGCUCACUCUGCUGUAUGUAGUUCUCACUCAGGUUUCUGAUAAAUGAGAUGGACUGCUGUCUGAGGGCACUUGUAUUCAUUCCCAUCGAUUGAUGCUGCAAAACUCCAGUCGUAAAGAAUGAGGGCCAGAUCUGUCACUUGUCUCACAAACAUUACUCAUCCGAUUCCCCAAAGGAGACUCAGAGGAGAAGGUGGGUGGGGGUGUUACGUGCGUGCUACCAAGAGGGUUUUAGGCGAGCAUUUUGGCGGUUAGAGCUCAUGAAUGAUUUUUUUUUUCUUCAUGUUUAUUUUAUUCCUAGACAUCUAAGUCUCAGUACAAUGACGGUGAAUGUGGCAGCGGAUUUGAGCAUGUGCGUCCAGCUGCGCGCCAUCCUCUGCAGAUGCGCGCUGUGUGGCACACCAUCGUGGGUGACCAACUCUUUUCCCCGUUGUGUAUGACUCUUAAAACACCCAAGAAGCUCAUCAACGACCACCUGUUAGAAAACCGAACACACAUCAACAAACCGUUUUCCUCAGGUGGUGUAUGGUGAAGCACCAGAGCUGUUCCCUUGACGGUUCAGCUGCUGAUGUGGUCAGAUAGGGUGUGUUGGAUGACCCAGGCAGGCAAACCGCUGGGGGGAGGCUGUAUGCCAACAUGUGCAGCAGAAAGGUUUUUUUUUUUCGACUGUCAGGGAGAAACCACAGAGAUCACAGCUGUGUGGAGGCUUCCCAUCCCUGCUCAAGGUGACUUCAGAAGGCGCUGAUAAUAUGACAUUGACAAGGAAAAGAGGGCGAAGUGUUUACAUUUAAUAAAUUAAUCAAUUUAGCUGCAAAUCUAUUCAGAAGCCAUUUCAUCGUUGGGCGCCUGUUGAAGCAGCAUGUCUUUGUUCUGUUUGGUCUUUCUGUCAAAUCACAGAGUUUCUUUUUUUACCUUUAUCCUGCACUGAUGCAUCAGCUGAUCAACUGUGAUCUCUCAUUAUUUUUGGCAGGCAAAAGGAGCUUCAUCUCCGUAACUAGAGGAGUCAUGGCGAGCUGACUGACGUUUUAGUGCAUUGAAGUAAAAAGAGAAUAAUUUGUUGAUUUAUAUAAAAGUCCACACGUCCUGUGUACAGAUCACACAGACACAGGAGGAUCCACAGAUGAAGUAAAAUUCUAUUUUUUUUAAUGUUCUGGUUGUGAAUUUGUGGCUUCUUCAGUUAUUUUAACCUGCUUUCAUUGAGGUAGUGAAUAGAACUUCAUGCUGUUGUCGGUUUUUGAUGGCAGCAACGUGCAUGUCCUCUUUUUGUGUUUCUCUCGACUGGGGACAGAGGGAGGUGCAGAAAAAACUUGCUUCGUCUUUCUCCCUAUUCCCAGUGUUUUGCUCAGUCUCAGUCGCUCCUCUUCCUUGAUCUCAGUCCCUUCCCUCUCUUCUGAGCUUUAAUUCGUUCUGAUCACCACACAGCAGACUUGAAACUCAGAUCCCCAGGGUGCAGGUGACCCUUCAGUUCAAACACCAUCAGUCGGUCCCUCUUUCAUUCGCUCCUUUCAUCCCCCUCCUCCUCCUCCUCCUCGUCCUCUCUCUUACCUACCUGUCUGUCUGCCAUUCUGUCUGUCUGUCUGCCACUCGUCUUCUCCCGGCCAGGCAAUGAGGCUUAUCAGAUGGAGGUUUUCUGCUGAAGCUUGUCCUUGUCAGCUCUCAUGUCCAUCUCUGUGACAACAGCCUGUGUUUUCACGAGCAGAAAAAAACACAAUCCAAAAAUAUAUGGGAGAAAAAAAAGAGGAGUGAGGGGGAGAGAGAUAUAAAAAAAAGAGAGAGGAUGAGGAUGUGUGGCUGAGCUGGAUGUAUGUGUUUGCGUGUCUGCUGGUUUUUCUGCCAUGAGUGGGUGUUUCUGUCAGGGGGACAAUCAUGAGCAGAUGGACUGUUGAAAUACAUCCUCAUAUUAAUUUCAUAUCAUAUGUCUUAUUAAUUUCUCCACCACAUUUUUUAAUGCUGAAAUCCUGUUUUAUUGAUGGGUUUAAGGAAGAGUCAUUGAAUGCUCUGUUGAAGCCUAAGCACAUAAAUUAUUAAUGGGACAUCUAACACACAUGCAUCUACAUACUCCCAACAUGGACAGGUACACACAUCAACAUGUCAGGGGAAUUUUAACAUGCAAAUGGAUCAUGAAUUUACAUUUUGUAUAUCAGUAUGCUGAAAACAACCAUUUUUUCUCUUAAGGGGUGUUUCCAACUCUGCAGUUAUCAGUUCUGCAGCACUUGCAAACAGGACUUAAGCAGCUAUCAGAAGUGGACAGCAACUUGUUAUCGUCAGGCGACGCAGAGGUGCAAUUAUAUUAGAGGCAGCAGCUAAGACUGAGUCAAUUUGUCUCACUCACUCUGUAAUUUAAGUUGUUGAGGACUUACAUAUGGACCUGUUGACACCUGUAAAAAACAUGUACUGAUUUGUCACACUGAUUGUCACAUGUACUGAUUUGUAAUUCAUAUCAGGCUUUUAAAAUUUAUCUAAGCUUGGGAUAAAGAAUGUGGAUUGAUAAUGUACUGCUAGCAUUAAAACAUUUUUUAUAUUUUAAAUGUAGUUCAUACACAUCUAAAAGACUACAACUGAGUGAGCAAAGAUGCAUGAAUAAACAUGUUUUUUUAUACCUAUCCGCUCUAUUUAAAGUCACUUUUAUUGACACAAAAACAACAGCUCUGACCCCUCUUUGUUUUUAUCACUCUAACCUGGAGCACCCUGAGACCUGCUAAAAUAUCUUUCAGUGUUAGAGUCUUCAUUCAGCCACUGAGCUGUCACACUAAGUAUACCAACUUGAAGAAUGUCAGAAGUCCAUAUGUACUGCACUCUGAGUUUAUUGACGCUUGAAGCAUCAAUAAAUACAGAGUGCAGUGUAUAUGGACUACAACUGCGACUGUUACUGCUGUUUCACUGCUGUCUGCAACUCAGCCAGCAGCUACUGGCAAUUUGUUUUAUAUGUAUCUUAGUUGUGGUGACAGCUUUUAAGGUGUAUUCCAGCUUGAGAACUUUUUUUUCUCCUCUCAGAAUAUUUGCGUCACAUCUUUCUAAGUUCAAAUAGUGUCAUCCUUCUCUGAAAAAGUGAAAAACAUAAAAACCAUAGCUGUCAGUUUUACUUUCAUCAGCUAGUUGCAGCUGCACUUGUUCUUCUUUGCAUGUAAUAGUGGAUCACAUUCUGCCACCAAUGUGUUGAAAUGUAUUGAUUUGUUAAUAAGUAAAGAAAACGAAGGGUGUCCCGAUACAACUUUUUUUUUUUUUUACUUCGGAUACGAUAUCGAUAUUGUAGCUGUCAGUAUUGGCCAUUACCAAUAUUGAUCCAGUAUUAGCACAAACUUGUGCAAGACAAGUUUUGCAGUCAGCUGCAACAUCUUUUUCUGACUUCAAUGAAAAAAUACUGCCACACGGCUGACAGCACUCCUACUCCUUGCUACUUUGUUAGUACCUUAGUACAAACUGUUGUUAUAAUGAUGUGGGCUCUGCAUGCUGGAUCUGGAUGCUGCUAGAUAAAUGUGUUCGUAUCAAAGUGCUGAUAUCAGAGAUUUUUAGAUGCAAGCCGAUAUAAUCAGAUAUCAAUUUUUUGCUGAUAUCAGACUGAUAUCCAAUAUCUGAUAUCAAUAUCAGACCAGGACACCCCUAAAGAAAACCAAUCUUUAUUGGUUGUUUUUAUCAGAUAAAAUUGCAUUAUCAAUUUGAUAGAUAAAAAAUCAUUCCCUUUAUUUGAUAGACAAGUUGUACAUUUGUAAUUUAAAGCUCCUGUGAGGAACUUUUGGUUUGUGUCAAGUUUGAAACACCCUGUGGACAGAGCAGUCUUUGCUUAUUCCAUUCUUUUUCUAUAUGCUUGAGUAUCUACAAAGAGAACUUAUCCUGCUUACCUUUGAUGGCUAAAUAUAUUAUUCAUUGUAAAAAUUUUACAUGAAAAUUCCUUAGCUGACACCUCCCCCCUCACACUGUCUCCAGGGUUUAAAGAUUAGGAUAUUAAAACCAUCAAACUUAUCACUGAUGGUCUUUUUGCUCAUCAUGAAAAGGCACAAAUAAGAAUUUCAGUCUAUUUCACAAACAUCAAAAACUUCUCAGAGGAGCUUUAAUGCAAAAAUUAUCAUAAUUUAAAUUAUGUUAGUUUUUUUUAAUGCAAUCUUGCAGUUUUUCAUGUUGGAACAAAUCUUUAAAAAAAAGGAACUAAAAUCCCUUUUCUGCUUGCAUUGCAUUUAAACCAGCACAAGGUAAAUGUCAGGGUUGUCGAACCUUGGGCUCAUGACCUGUUGUAUUUAAUAUUUGUUAACAACAACAACAAAAAUCAUCUGAAGGUCAAUUUUCAAGAAGGUCAGUAAGCUCGUACACGCCUGCAACCUCUCGAUCUGACACUUCCUCAGCCAAGGACCUGUGCUGCACCAUAAUGAAACCCCCUGUCAUUGAUUUUAAUUAUUUUUUCAUUUUAUUUAGGUCAUUUGAUCUUUGGCAGCACAAUGUCUGGAUUCUCACAAAUUGUGUGUUAUUCGUAGAGGGUUGGCAUUAACAAUAUUUUGUUAGAGUCCCAUCACUUCAAUGUAGCAGUUUUGCAAUUAAUUAACUUCUUUUGGAUUUUUUUUUUCUGAUUCAUUUACUAAUUUCUUACUUACUCACUUAUGGAACAUGUCUAAGCUCAUGUAGAGGAAAUUAUGGAAGUAUGUAAAAUAACUCUGUAUGAGUUGCAUAGUUCGUGUUUCUGCCUUCAGUUCUUUCCAGUCACCACUUUUCAGUGCUGCUCAAACCCGGCUAUAACCGCAAAGUGUUUAACUUGAGCUCCUGUUUAUUUUACCCUUUCUAAAGAUAGGCUCUACAUCUUGUUUUAAGCUCAACGUAGAGGGAAUGUUAAAAAAAAUAUUGCAUUUUAAAGAGUUUAUUCAGUUCUCUCUGGGAAGGUAGGGCUUCUUUGCAUGUUCCCCGCUUGUUGGCUUAAACUUGGUUCAGCAUAAAAGAAAAAAUAUUCGUUAAGUAGCUUUAAUGUGCGGUUGGGACCAAAGAAGAACCAGGAGCAGAUGGACAGAAGACUAAAUUUCCUCCCAGCUCACGAACCACGCACACUGACACACACACACACACUCUCACACAAACCUUUCUUGUGCAUACUGCUGUCUUUCUCUGUCUCAUGCACUGAUACACACAGCUAUUUCCACUCUGCUGUCCUCUACAGAUCACCAGAGCAGACUCCCAUGGCUCUUAACCUUUUACACCAUCUUUGUUUUAAUGCACAGUGAGUGUCCUUUCUCCUCUCUUGGCACUGGUUCCAAGAUCUACAAGAGAUUAGAGUUUCAAAUAACAGGAGAGGAGAGAGGAGAGAGGAGAGGAGAUGUUUAUACUUUGACAAUGUCUCCUGUGACAAAGACAUCUUCACUUGUUCUCUAUCUCUCCUGUCUGGCAGCAGCACGCUCAUGAAAUACUCCUGGGAUAUCUUUGCCUCCCGUCAUGUCUUCCCCUCUCUCUCUCUUCACUUCAGCCUUACCAUGUACUAUUGGCAGGAAUAUUACAUGAAGCAUCAUGCCGAAAGUGUCAAAAUAUUACUCUGGCAAAGUCCUCAGGGGGGCAACUCUCAUGAAUCAAAGCAUGGUUGCUCUGAUCAUACGACAGCGCAGGGCUGUGGCUGAUUGAUGCCCCAUCAAGCCCUGCGGUCCCUUGGUGAGGUGUUGGGUGACAGCAGGGAUUAUCCAGAGGAAGAGGAAGUCGCAAGAUCUGACGUGGGGGUUAGAAGAAACAACACAGACUGACAGGACUUUAUGUUUUUCCUCUGCGGACCGACGAGGCAGCAUAAAGAGCGAGCAGGAAAAAGACAGGGAAAGAAUGAUUGUAAGAUAAUACCGUGUUCCUGAUUGUACUCUGAUGGUAUUUAUGAGAACAAUAACAGCGGAAUACUUUUCUUGUGACUCCAUUGAAUUAUAAUGAGAUUACAUAAUUUGUCAGUGUGAUUGUGCCACGAGGAGACAGCGGUUUCUCCCUGGAAACGAGCAUUAGGAGAGUGGAAGGAACAAUGUGCCCUCCACAGGAGACACUGUUUCUAAAAAGGACUCCUGGCUGCACUGGAAGCCAGGGUUUCAAUGUACGUACACCAAAUUGCUGUGUGUUUUUCUGUCCUUUGUAUGCGCACACACUCAGACUCUGUGCAUGUUUGCUCUGCAGGGAGAAGAUGCCAUUCCAUCAUGUGCGGGCGGGCCUGCUCUAUCCAGACAACUACUUGAGCAGCUCCCUGACGGAGGGCAGCGAAGCCUUCCAACUCACCAGCAUCUCCACCGAGGAGCUGGGAGGUGAGUGCGUCCACAGAGCCAAAGAGAGGUAGAGAGGGAAAUGAAAGAGGCAGUGGGGGUGCAGAGUAAAGUGUGGGGUAUUUGCAAUUAAUGUUUCAAUAGUGGAACAAUGUAGCUACAAUACUCCAAUCCUCCCGGGGAAAAGUUUUUCCAUUUAGCCAUUUUGUCAGAGCCUGACUGGAUGCAUUGGUUUCCAAUUAUGCUGCUCAGGAAACAAAUUCAGUCAGUGAAAUGAGUUUGUAGCAGCGCAGGACAGAAAGAUUUAUAAUCACACCUGAAUUAAGGAACCCAUGUGUAAGUAUCUUAAAGCAAAUUUCCAGUUAAUCUUGUAUGUGAAGUAACUUUACCAGAUUUCACAUACUUUCACAGUGAGAAACAGUCUCUCCACCAGUACUUUGAUGAUUUAAUUGUUGGAAUAAGACUGAGUCUCAGUCCCAACAGUAUUUAGUAAAUGUCAAUCCCCCUCUCUUCUCACAUUUCCUGUUCCUCCUCUCUCUCACAGUCCCGUCAAUUAAAAUCCUCCAAUACGAGCAGAAACAAGUUAAACUGACCUCAUCAUGGUCUGGCUCACGACUGUGACCGGCCUCAUGUGUUUUGUUGUCUUGAUUACCAGAAAAUUACACCCUUAUCACAAGAAAAAAAAACAGGCGUUGUUAUCUCGAGAUUAUGAGAUAAAUUAAUCUCUUAUAAUGAGAAAAUCAGCUCUGUCAUCCUGAGAUAAUGAGAAAACAAGUCUAGAUACUGAGCAACAACUGAAACGAACUCAUUAUCACACAAAAAACAUGUUUUCUAUCUGGGGACAAGGAGAAAAUUAGUCAACAUGUUGUGAAAACAACCAGGAAUUUGUUGUUAUUUCAGGAGAACUGAGUGAUGAGAUAUGAGUGCGUGUCUGCUUAUAAAAUACGAGAAUACAUUUAUCCGUUAUGAGUUUGAAGGAGUUUCCGGGGGAAGGGUUGAUUUUUGAAUAAAAAAUUUUCAUUUUGGAUUUUCAAUUUCAGACUGAAAGGUUAUUUUUCAAAAAGGUCGUCAGAAAACCACCUUCAAAAGAAUUGUUUUAUUGCACGAGUGUCAACAAUCCUAAUAGCCUGAAUAAUCAAAAUGGAAUAUAAAUCAGAAGCAGACAGGUCGCUACUGCCAUUUAUUACUGCUGGUAUCUGGUUAUGACUCCUGAAUACUGCGAAAUAAUGUUGGAAAAUUAAAGGGCGUCCCAUCAGGAUAGUGUUUACAUGGAGCGUCAUAUUCUGAUUAAAGGUGGUUUAAAAGCUGACAUGGGAUGAAAAUGCUCCAUACAAACAUCUUAAUUGCAAUAAAUGGCUCCUGACUGGAAACUUCAUUCGGUUGCAGAGGAGUAGUUUAAACCUUUUCAUAAGCAUUUUAUGUGCACAGUGUUUCCUCCUGAUUGUCCUCCAGCUGUGUUCUUCCUGUGCGUGCUCAACAUAAUGAUGAACACAUAUAGGCAUAAAGUUCUUCUGUAGUCAAAGUGGACAACAGCAGAGAGUUUGUGUUCUGUUGAAACACUUAAACUUAUUAAAUAACAUGUCGUGAAAACACGAACAGGGAAACCUCUUAUUUGAACAGUGUCAGAUGAAGGAAUAUUGUCCAUGUCGAACUGUCUCACAGGCAGCUCAAAUAUCACAUGUUGAAUGUUGAACAGAUGUUCCUUUAAUAGUCCCACAGGGGGAAAUUCCAAAUUUACAGCACCAAAGUACAGUCACAAAAAGAGAAAUUAAAGGAUAAAGAAAUUUAGAGUUAAAGGUGGGAUAGGCAGGAUCUGAGGAAGUGCCAGUUUUUGGGAGAAAUCUUGAAUGUAAACUCUACCCCUCCCAACCUGUUUUCCCCUCAGCUCCUCCUCUCCCCUCCCUCUCUGCUUCAGCAAGCCCCGCCUACAAACAGACGCUCCUGCUCGCUCGUAUCGUUCCAAUUAAAUUCAGAUAUAAUGCAGAUAAAUACUUCAGAAAAUUAAAAAUGGGGCCCAGUCAAUGUGAAAGUAAAAAGCAUUGGUGCUACUGUAGAUGCCAACAGACGACCAGCAAACACAAUGUUUGCAGGACUUCUACAACUAGGAUAAAGUGACAUACUCCAGGUAAACAGUGUAGUGGCGCUACAACACGUAGCAGGUCUCGUUUGACAAGAAACACUUCUGUUACAGACACUUGGCUUACUUUGUUAAAGCGGUUUACCUGUCCAGAAGAAAGGUCACAGGAUCCGUACGAUCCCAAAGCGUCUCCCAUCAUUGUUGACCUGGCUUUUUUUUAGCUCUUGUCUGGUCUACCUCCAUUUUAAGCGCCUGUUAUCCCGCCAGAGUCUCUGGUAUUUACUUUGUUUUCUUUCUUGUGUUGGCACUUGUGGCUAAAGGAGGAUUCAGACAACUUUCUGUACUUUCUGGUUGGUUUCUACUGUCCGAUAUUGUUGCACUCUAACUUUGUUUGGGCUUGUGAAUGACUCGGGAGAGCAGCUUCUGCCUCACAUCCAAUCAGCACUAAGGAGCAGCGUCCACUUCACAACCAAUCAGGAUGGGGGAGGUGGAGAACAGCUUUGUUUACAGUCAGAAAGAGCGGGCUGCUCAAAAAAUUUAAAAUGUUGACUACACAGACAUAACAGAACACAUCGAUAUCGUUAUAUUACCAAAUGUCAUCAAUGACUAAUAACUAUUGACUGAUAUUAAAAGCUUUUUUGUGUAUACACAUCACAAAAAAAGAUGCUUCUUUAACAGAUUCCUGCCUACCCCACCUUUAAGCUAAGAAAAAAUGUGUACCGAAAAAGCAAAAACAGAUACAAACAAAAGCGUUUGGACUUCCUGAUUCAACUCUGACCUCUACAGUACUUGUGGUAACUGUGUGCACUCUCAUUUUCUUCUUUUGCAUGAACAUUUUAGCGUUAGCUCUGCAUAGAGUCGUUUUUUAACUUGCAAAUUGACUUGCUUGUUUUAACUUGUAUGAUCAUCUGACUGCUCCUUGCCUCAUCAGACACACUGAGGCGUUUUGUUCGAAGGUGUAAAUCUGUUCUAAACUCUGGCCAGAGCUGAGAAAAUAAAGCCCCAGAAGUUAAAAAGCACAGUUUUCCCUCAAAUUGGCUUAAAUCCGUCACAGUGAAGUUUUCUUUCAUGCUUCCUUUUUAGUGUGUGCUCGGUGAAUGCCAGUGCGACAGCAGGCUCAGGAUUCCUAAAGCUGUCAUUACAUUUGGGCAAUUCUGGUUUGAAGCCCUUUUAUGACAUAACCUCACAUGGGCUAGUUAACCAGCUGUACAGAAAGCACUUCUACUACACAGGAGGCACAUAUACAAUAUUUCUCGACAUGUGUUUAUUUGGUGGGAAAGAAGCAGCUAAUCCUCUCACCAAGUGAGAACCGAGUGUGUUUUCCGACUGAAGCUGUUUGUUUGUGUUUAUACAUGUGGCCUAUUGUAGUUUGCUCGAAUGAGCUUCAGUAUGAACUACUUUGUCGCAUAAAUCUUUUAAUCCGAUGUCUCUGGUGCAUAACUCGACUCAACCCAGUUCGCUGAAACGGUUGCCUUGGUGUUGUAAAGGCAGGAUUGUGUACGGUGACUGAAACGUCUUGUCAUCAUUAGCCGUGCUGGCCUUUGUCUGCGCUCUGCUCAUGGAGGGCAACAGCAGGAAGGGUAAAGUAGUGUAGACCUAUGAGGAGCUAUUAUAUAAAUUAAAUUCAGACUCUUAGACUCCAGACAUUGUGAUAAAGCAUUAUCUGGGCCCUGUCAGCCUCAGAUCCAACGCCGCCAAUGGGAUUGUUUGAUGUGGACAAAAUAUCCGUGGUGUUUGCUGCCAGCAUUUGAGAACUCCUAAUCCUACUUCAGAGAGAUGCUGAAGGUUCUUCUUGGAUCAUCUGUUAGCGCAGAUAGAAAGCUAGUUAAUCACCUCUGUGUUGGGCUCUGUAUCCUUUUCUGUGGUUUUGAGGCGUUUCAUCAAUCACACUGAGCACAUGUACAGUCCUGGAGGGGGUCGACUUGGUAAUACACAGGCGCACACAGGCAGGAGCUGUAUGCUCACACACUCACUGACACACACAGUCAUUGCACAGUAAUACAUCAUGGAGCAGCCCUUUUGAAAAUGUACUUUUCACUGUUGAGCUGAAUACAAAUACAUCUCACUUUGUUUUGGGGGUCGAACACACACACAAUCGCCUGCGUCCCCAAUCCCCCCUGCUUCUCAUUCUGACUUUAUUUAGUGAGAGAGAGGAAGAGGGAGAGACAAGGGAGGCAGUGGCUCAGCGCUCGGGUUUAGUCAUGAGCUGUAGGGGGUGUUCACAGGCUUAUAUGGGGUGCUGCGACUGAACUUUGGGUCUCACGCAACUGACAGAGCAAAGAUGGGCAACGCAGGCGGAUCUGAGACGGACUCAUUACGCCAAGGAAGGAAAGAGCGGCGUGUCAGGAUGAGAAUAUUAAUGACACCCAGUCUAAGAGACAGACAGAGAGAGGGCGAGAUGAACUUCAUGUAAAAUUCAUUGUUUAAGUUGGGGAAAGGAUUAGUCUUUGGGGGAAGUUGUGAUUUAAAUUCCAUCAGGCAGCAGACUAUUACUUUUCACGAUUGUGUUGCUUCUAUGAAGAUUAGCACAAACGCCAGCUGAAAUGACACCCUCUCCCACCCCUGAAGUGUUAAUAUCCACAGAAAAAAAAAAAUGGAGCACUCGUUUGUGAAAAAAAAAUCUUUCUGUCUCUGCGGUCUUUAUCAAGUCGAUAACCAGCCCCUACUCAAAACUGUGCUCCCCUUUUUACCGCGUGCCAACUGAUUGACAGGCAAUUAGCUGCAGAUUGACCGGGGUGUUUUCUACGAGGGUCCGCAGAGGUUUGAGUAAUUGUGCUGCACGAACAGAUACCUCACAAGCCGCCUGCGUUUACUUCCAGCAUUAAGUUAGAAGGAAGCUUUUUAUGUGGGAGGAGUAGUCGGAAAUGCUGUUGGCAAUGCUGCCGGUGAUUGUGCUGUGUGGAGGGAUUGGUACAGGCCCACCAGGGAUUUGAAAAUACAAUAAGUAUAAAGAUGUGAGAGAGACAUGGAAAUAGAGCAAAAGAGAGGCGGGGGAAGGGAGGGAGUGAGGGAGGGAGAUCGCCCUCACCUCGAUUUGCCCGAGAGAAAGGCUGCAGCACUUCCAGUUAAUGUCAAAUCCUGUUAUCAGUGCCAGGGAAGCACCUUUCAGCACCAUCUACAGACCUGCUUAAAGCUGUUAUUAAUUUCAUCUCAGGCAUUACUACAUCUCACUGACACCAUCUGAUGGUGCACCAGUGCAGUCUGAGAUUAGGUUUCAAGAAAAAAAAAGAUCAUACAGUUUAGAUUGAAAUACCGAAAGCAAUUUAUGGAAACGAUUUGUAAGACGCCCUCAGGCAUAAACAGAAAAUUGUUUUUUAUUGACGUGACACAAGUGGACAUGCAUCUGUACAUUUAAUUUCCCUGAUGUAAUUUUGGGGUGUUUGUAGAGAUGUUUACCUACCUAUUUCUCUCAUAAUCUCAAGACAGCAUCACUCGUUUUAUCAAAAUAACUUAGGAGCAGAGAUUUAUUAUGUUUUUCAAUAAAAAUUAACAAAAUUUUACAGUAUUUUACACUUUUUCAAGAUAAAAUCUCAUUUCCCUUUGGUAAAGACACCAGUUAAGUAGAGUGAAGUAUUGUCUACAUAGUUAUUCCUUCUCAAAUAUAAGAGGCAUAGGUUCCUCCCUGAGAACUUUCCUAGUGUGUUGUGAUGUACAGUGGGCAGUGCUGCGGUUCUUGAAGUAACUUCUUCCUAUCUGCCUUCAGCCUCCAUGUAACUCUCAGGGUGAGUCAUUUUAGGUGUUGAAUCCUAAAAUGAUCAGUGUUGAAGCCACGAGCGACUGUCUUUGCACAAAUUGUUUUACUUUAACUCUUAUUCUUACUCUUCUAAAGCUGUCUGGUAGAGUACUGAUAGAAAAUGACUGAAAACAGCCAGAAGAGAAGUAGUGGUGGGCCUUUUGUAAAAGUACACAACUGGGAUCGAUAUCUCAUAAGAGCAAUUGAUACCAAUGCAGAACUUCAGUUUCAAAGAAUUAAUACAGCAGUAUUGUUGAACCCAUCUGUACUGUGUAGGGCUUUUGUAGUCCCACAUGUCAAAACUUUAAUUUAUAUAUUUUUUGUAUUUUCUUCUCUUGAUUUGUUUAUUCUCUGAUGUAGUGCAUUGUUCAAGAGGUGCUUUGUCAUUCAUAUUGAAUAAACACCAAAAAUGUACUUAAUUUAAAUCAUUAAUUUAAAUCAGCAUAGAAAUUUGUGUAUGCACCCAGACCCAACACUUUAUUUCAAACUCAUAAUUACGAAUUAAAAAUGGUUAAAACUGCUCUGUGUUAACUGCAGUGUGUUAAAAAUGAAGAAUAAAUGAUCGUAAGUCAGAGAUUGAUGUUAAAAAAACUAGUCACAGGAGUUCAUAGCCUUUAAGUAAAUGCUUGUUCAAAGGGUGGCUGAUUGGCUGCUGCUGGUGCCACCCCAAAUUUCUUAACUGGGAUUGGCUCGUUUGCCCAUCAGGGGUGGGACUUGUGUUUAAAUUUAGUAUUCUAGCUGUCCAUCAACUGGCUGUUCCUAGCAUACUUUUGUUGCAAUUCGUUGUAGUGGUUUUUAAGAUAAGAUGUUCCUUUAUUAGUCCCACAGGGGGAAAUUCUUACUUGGUGUUCACCUUUUAUUAUAUUUUAGAAGUUACAUAUGUAAUAGAGACAGAAAAGGGGAUUAAAUACUUUUUCAAUAUGUUUAUAUAAACUCAACUCAACUUUAUUUGUAAAGCACUUUAAAACAACCACAGCUGAACAAAGUGCUGUACAUAAAUAGACAAAACAAUGAGACAUAAAAAACAAUCAAAAAACAAUUAAAACAAUGGAUAAAAUAAAAACAGAAUUAAAAAGUAAAAUAUAUAGUUUCAAUGUUUUUAAAAACUAAUUUAAAAACAUAGAAACAAACAACUAAAAACAAACCAUAAAACACUAAAACAGGAGCCGAGUCUCAUGCAGGGUAAAAAGCCAAUGAAUAAAAAUGUAGAGUCUAUAAAAAUAUAGACACUUGUUGCUUUAUGCAACUCUGCAUAAGUCAGUUGAGACACCACAAUCAUGAAAUUCUUGCCCCUGCCAUCAUGAUGAAGGAUCUGUGGAUGUUCCUCAGCCUUCUGGUCCUUAAUUAUUACAUUCAUAUAAUGUUGUGUGCAUUAAAUUAUUAUUUUUUUAAUUACAUUUAGCUUUGAACUCUUGAUUUGGUAAACAGUGAGUUUGCACAUCUACUAUAAAUGGUAAACAGUUGUCACUCAUGUGGAGCUUUAUAUAUCGAGUCCCCACUCUGUUUUAUCUGUAUUUUGGGUCUUUACCACCUCCCGAAAAAUUUGUCUUCUGUAGCUGCAAACCUCAUCUUUUUUCAACAGCAAGUUGGAAACUUGGUCUGUCUUUUGGCAGAACUUUAGAGUUUUAUCAGUCAAACAGCUUCCUGCUGGGUCUCGAAACAAUGCUUUAAGAGCAGUGAGAGUGAACUGAAACAGUGAAGUGAGAUGGGAAAUGAAAGCAAGAGCAGAGACUCAGCACAACUGAGGGGAACUGCAGAAUCGGAGGAUAAUUCUCUCUGUGUUAGUACCUUCUAGUCACCCCCUUUAACACUCAAGCAGUCAUUUCAUGGCAUUAAAGUACUGAUAACUGUCUAACCUCUGUAGGAUUGGAGCAUGAUUAUGUUAAUGAAAUGGAGAAACCAGAGUAAGAUGUGAUGCAAACGGCUGUCUCGAGCAUCAAAGUCACACAGUCUGAUGCCCUUACCAUCCUCACAGACUGCCUCACUGAGACGUUUCGUGGCGCUUUGACAACAUAACGCUAUUUCGAGCUUUCCUCCUGAGAGACAACAGUCAUUAUUCACACGACCACAAGAUCUGUGGUGUUACAAGCCGCAUAGACACUGAUAUGAUAACAGACAUCCUGCAGAAAAGCAAAGAUCACACACAGAGUGAGACAUUCUGAUGAAGAUUACUCACAAAUGUUAAGAAAACAUUGACAAAGCAAAACUAUUGUACACGUGUGCAUAGAGGAUGGAAAGAAACCUUUUAAAUUACAUGGAUAAUGCUGCAGAGUUCGCCCACAGCGUCUCAUAAAUGAAUGAAUAAUUGACGUGAAGUCGGGAAACACCUUUUUUGGCACACUCUCAGGAAAGACAACAGAAAUAAAUCCCCCAAUUAAGUUAGUACCGGGCCUGAAUUUUUAAUAACCAUAAAAGAGGAAGAUGGAUGAAUAUUCUUAUCUGCAGCAAUGAAACCCCAACCUUUGAAACAAGGAAAGGAAAAUAAUCAAGAAAAGUAAAGCUGAGGUGAAAAACAAAAACAGCUUACAUCAUGAAUGCCAGUGUUGUCCCUACUUUCACAUGAGCACCAACAAGCUGCACACUGGUGUUAUUUUACAGAAAAACAAUCCUCUGCAAUGCUGCAAAGAUAUUGCACCAUGUAAGUUGAUUUUUAAAGACAGGCAGAUAACAGCUGGACAGACAGUAUUGUGCAGUGAUAUGUUUUGUGUCUGUCUUGCAGAGAUCCGUGAAGCUUUUCGUGUUCUGGACCGGGAUGGGAAUGGUUUCAUCUCCAAACAAGAGCUGGGAAUGGCCAUGCGCUCCCUGGGUUACAUGCCCAGUGAGGUGGAGCUUGCUAUCAUCAUGCAGAGACUGGAUAUGGAUGGUGAGCAGCUACAUGAAGUCUCACACUUGGGUGCACAGACAGAACACACACGCUUACACACAGACACACACAUGCUGUGAAAAGUGCGUGGCUGUUUAUCAUAUCCUGUAUGAGUUUAAUGUUUGUUUACGCUUGUUGUGCCUAAGAAGAGUUAUUUUUCUUCCAGGGAGAGUCAGGAUAUUUUGGGUGUUGGGUUAUAAUGUUAUGUUAAUGAAAAUCAAUCUCCUAUGAUUCCAAAAAACACUCAAUUUAAGGCCUCAAAUGAUCUAUGUAAAUUGGCAUUUUGGGUUAGAGCUUCUUUGAAAAUGUCACGGCAAAAACUGUUUCUAAACGGCGUUCAGAUCAGCAGCAGGUGGCCAAUUGUCAAAAACAAAGUCCCCCAGAGACAAUAAAAAGAAAAGAGCUUUAAAAACAUCAGCUCUGCUUGUAAAUUCACAAAGGAUUGCAAUUACUCCUAAGCAUCCUCUGCAUUACAAACAAGCUCGGCAGUCUUUCAGACGCUUCCUAUCCGCCUGCUCUUGAUUCCACAACACGCGGUGAAUAUCAAAGGUCAGGGCUAAAAGCUUUUUGCUUCUGCCUCCAUAAGUGCUUUGACCAUCCGACAGCAGAGCAGCUGCUCUGAGGAGAAACAGCAUUUCUCUGAAAAUCCUUUACCUGUGACUUUUGUGGUUUCUAUGUUGUCAUCGGUAAUGCACCGGAAUAACAAUAUCUAUCAUUAUCAGGUGUUUAAAAAAACCUACAAGGCUUUUUAUUUGAGGCAUUUUACAAUUCAAAAUCCCUCUUUUGGAGAUCUAAUUCGCUAAUAUCGGGCAUCUUUCCUUGUGAUUUGGGCAAAGCAGUCCCAAAUGGAAAGAUUACACUAACUAAUUGAAAUCAGAGUUUUUAAGAAACUGCAGUCAGAUAUCAGAACGAAAAAUUUCUCCUGUUUGACCCAAAGUAAUAUUGUCUUUUUUGUUAUUUGCACAGAUCUGUAUUUUCUGAGGCUUUUUUUUCUGUGUCCUGUAGACAAGGAUGGAAAUAACUAUAAAACUUUACACUAAAGAAGAAUUUCCACAAAAUAACAUCCAGUUUAAAUCAAAUUAAAUAUUAUUGAAAGCCUUUUUCUACUUAAUUGUUUAAAUUCACUCACACAUGUUGACAAAUGCAACACUAGUCGACCCAGCUGGCGUGCUGUGUACUGACGAAGACACUCCAGACUAUACAGCAGUUAAUUAGGAUUCAUAUGGCAAGAAUACCAACUUAAUACUGUCUCUUUCUUCUUAGUAAUUAGUACUCAAUUAUAUCUUUCUUUCAUGGGAACUUCUUGGAAAAAAAUUAAGAAAAUUAUAGACCCAUGAAAUAAAGUGUUGUCCUUCCACCCAUGGUGAAGCAGCUGCAGUGAGACAGGUGCAGAUGACUGCUAAUGCGUCUUUAUGCUGCUCAUUAGAACAAACAAUAAAAACUAUAUUAGAUAAUCCUCUAACUGGGGUAAUAUCAAUAUUGGCAAUAUACCCCAUAAUAACCCAAUGCAAUAACUCAGUCUUUAAGACACCCUGCCUCAUAGAUUUACGCUGCAAAUGAACUCCACGCCACACUGCCUGUUGAUUUUUAUCUGUAACAACAUGCAGUUGUAGAAUACAUAAUGCAAACACUUACAGUUUGCAUCCUUUGAAUUUUAAUGUGCCGAACGAUCCCCGAAUUCAGUGCAUAAAAAGAUCUCAUUGCUUGCACACACGCAGGCUUUAGUUUUGAAGGUGAAUUACUGCUGGAGGUGAGCAGAAGUUUGUCUCGGAUGACGGCACACCCAUCUGUUAAUCUGUCUCAUUGCUCUGCUUUUAUUUUUGUAAGCAAAUAAACUUCAGAAUAAAAUGAAUUAUUUAACUCCGGUCUGCCACUCCUCCAGUCUGAUUUUUCUCCUUUGCAUGUGUGUGUGUGUGUGUGCGCGUGUGUGUGUGUGUGUGUGUGUGUGUGUGUGUGUGUGCCUCUAGGGGACGGCCAGGUGGACUUUGAGGAGUUCAUGACAAUACUGGGCCCCAAGCUGCUCUCAUCUGACAACAGAGAAGGAUUCCUGGGUAACACCAUCGACAACAUCUUUUGGCAGGUGAGAGACAAAACCGCAAUGUGUUUUCUCAUCACUCACACCCCUUUUCAUUUAUCAGUUGCAUCUUCCACGCCCCCCUCUUACUCACUCACUCUCUCUCUCUCUCUCAUCUCUGAUUGUGUAUUUCAGCAGCCAGAAGUCAGUCUUACAUCCUCAAGCACAGCCCUAGUUUCUGCAGGGACUCCACACAAGCACACACCUACUUAAAAACACAUUCCCAGCCAGCCCUCCCCAAACCUGCCUCUUCUGUUCUCUGACAAUAAUAGUUAUUUUUUUUUACUGUAGGCUUAAGGCCUUGAAGGAAUAGAGACCUGCAGAGAAUUAACCGUUUCUUUAUGCGAGUAUGUGUUUUUGGGUCGGGUAUGGGUAUGUUUUUAUGAUUUUCAUUGUUGCAGAGGGUAUUGCUCUCCUGUAUUUAGAGAGUCUUAGCCUGUGUGCUUUCAAGCAUCCAGACUCGGCCCAGUGGUGAUUAAGGCUGAAGCUUUUGAAUGUGCUUUCUUUAUUUUUGAAGAUUGUUGCAUAGAGAAAAUGUACUGCUCUUAGUGCGCUUUGAUCGAUUCUUUUCUUUUGCUACUUAGGUAUGGCAUCCAACAAUCAUGAAAACUGCAGCAUUUUGAGGUGUGUGUGUGUGUGUGUGUUUUGGGAAGUGGGGAGAGGGUUAGCAUGAGAAUGGCUGGUUGAGCUCGCUGUUUCCUGCUUUCUUUAACUCAAAUAAGAGGGAAAUCAUUUAGAGGGUGACUCACAGAAAUGAGGAGGUGUGUGCGUUCCAGGUUACACACAUUAACAAAGACCGUCUUUAUCCUAGAUUGCAUUGUGCAAGCACUUCAGACAAUAUCUUGAAAACUGCAAUUUAUGCUGUAGCACAUAAGAACACCAGCAGAAUUCAUGCAAAAACUGCAGAUUUUUAUAUCAAGGUCAGUACUUUCUUAGAUAUUCCAACAUCUCUUUUAAAUGAGUGGCGUUGCAUCUAUGGAGUAAGGAUGGAGCAAGACAGACUACAGCUCGCCAGCCAGCAAGGCUAAAAGAGAUGAGAGAAUACAAAGAGGGGCUGGACAAUAAAUGGGAAAGGAGAGGGUGCAGGGGUGGGGGGGUGCCCCACACAGAGAUACAGGAAUAUAAAGGAAAACCACAAAGGAAGAGAGAUGGGGAAAAUGAAAGAAGAGGGAUACAGGAUACUGUGAUUCAUGAAGGUCGCAGACAGUGUACGUCUCAGGGGUGAUUUAAACGUUCGCCUCCCACAAAGAAGUAAACAGAAAACAGGAAGACGGGGUGGAAAAACGCGAGACGGGAGAGGAAAGAAGCAGGAGAGGAGCAAUGAGAGCAAAGAAUAUAGGAAGAGCGAGAGAGAGGGGGGGGGGCUGAGAUGGUGGGAGGAAGUGUGUCUCUGAGGACUUUGAGAGCAGCGUUGUGUGUACGAGUGUGUGUCUUUGUGCGAGUGAGCGUGUGUGUGUCUGUUUAUAUUUCACAGACCUCAGAGGGAGACGGGCAGAGAGGGAGAGUCAUUGUGUUGAGUAGCGGAAGAUGGAAGAGAGAGAGAGAGGCACAUCAUGGUGGGUCAUAAUGACUCAGUUCAGUAUGUUCAGAUAAUAUCCUUGCAUAGUGAGAUGUAGAAUGAUUGACUUCAUCGGGGGAGGCUCCAGUUGGCAACUUUUUUGCGUGUAAUUACAUUCUCCUGUGUGUGUGUUUGUGUUUGUGUUUGUGUUGAAUAAUUUUGGCCUGUUCUCGUGUUUAUACCCGUCUUGUUUGAUUCAGUGCACCGCUGAAAUGUCUGAAAAAUACGCUCCGUUUCUUCUGUUUAUUUUACAUCCUAGCGUGGCCUGAGUAAAACCUCUGGGAGAUUUAAAACCCCUGACUCAAGUUACCACUUUUCUGCUGACAGUCGGUAAAUUAGUUUUGAAAAAAGGAAGCACCCAGUCUUCCAUAGCAAAUUAAGCUUCAUCGCCUCGAGAUACAAAACAAGCCGAUCUUUUAACCAAUAUUAUAACAAUGUUUACAGUCUAUAAAAAUAUGUUUGCACUGAGCGAGUGCAGCAGAAACGUCUACAGAAUUUUUGAGCCUUUUUACAUAAGCUGAAAACCCGUGUCAGUGUCAUCUGUCUUCAUUAGGCAGAUGUUUUUGCAGAUGUUCUUUGUCUCGAGGGGCUGCACACAUCAGGAGCAGUUUUAGAGUUUAAUUUUUAUAGACGCUAAAGCUGUAGAUGCACAACUUGCACAACUAUAACCAUUACAUUCAACACAAUUAUAUGCUUUUUAUAGGGGAACUGAACUUGUACCGAAAAUACAGGCUGGGAUUUAGGUGUUUAGGUUCCAGAUGGCUUUUAAAGGUAUAAGUUCUUACACUGCACCUAAAUGUGCAACAAAUUAAACUUCAGACCUCCUCUGACCCCACCUGAAAAUCUUUGUCAGUAUAACUACUUUAAAGUGUUACUUAAAGGCGCUGUGAGGAGUUUUUGUGUCGGGUGUUCCCUGUAGAUGAGUAUGGCAUGCCCAAGGCAGAAUUCGGAGUGGUGAGAUUAUGUAGUGAUUUGUAACAACUAUUCCGUAAACUCUGAUUUAUAUCUGUUACCUAGCUAACAAAAGGUGACUUAUUGUGAAGGUUUACCAUUACUUGUCAUAGUCCUGGUGUCAUGAUGUGACCUCUGAUGGUCCACUAAAUAUCCAAAUAACGUAAAUAUGCAGAAAAAUCAACCCUGAGGUCCAGAAGGAGAAGUGAAGCAUUCACAUACGGGCAUGAACAUUAAAUCCUGUUCAAAGUCAUUUUGUUUUUAUAUCUUUUAAAUCCCUGGUUUCUCCAUCUAAAGCAAUUCUUCCCCAAACAGAAAAGUCUUUUUGCUAAUCCUGCAGUAGUGGCAGUCAUGAGUACAAAACAUUAUGUAAAGAGAAAAGUACUUCAAGAUAAAACAUCCUCCCGCUUCCUCAGUUAUUUCUUCCUGUCAAACUUUACCGGCAGAGUUUAGGACACAGACAUUUCAAGGCAACUGCUGAAUAUUAAUCCAGCUCUGGACCUGAACACAGGUCUUAAAAUCCACUAUAAAGAAAUAAUCAAUGGUGUCAUUGAUAAACAGGUUUUAUUAUGUAGGUCAUAAAGAGAUAUCAGCAUAAGAAUGAGACUAUUUCAAAUCUGUCAGAAGCGCUUCACAGCGCCUCAAAGAAACUCUUACUCAAACUUUUAUGUUAGUAUGAAUAAAUAAUAAACUAUAAUAAACUUUGCCGUCAAAGAAGCCACUUUGUUUUUAUUCCAUUUUCAAAUGCAACACAAAUGUAUACUUAUCCAUUUACGAUUGACAAGAAGCUCAGACAACUCCAGUCAUAAAAGUGAACUGUCCCUUUAAAUAGUUUAAGCAAUUGCACUUAAAAAUGAACUUUCUCAGUGUUUGUUCUCUUUAAACUUUUCUAUUUCUAUGACUGUGACUCGAGGCAAACAACAACCUGCUUCAAAGAACAGAUUGCAGCUCUGCACACACACACACACACACACACACACAUUUUUACAACAUUUAAAGGUACAUUGUGUCAUUUUUUUUUCUAAAGAAAUGGACUUUAUCAUGCAGAAGUUUGUUAUAUUGAAUGUAAUAUCUUGAUUGUUGCACUUCUGAUGACUUGAAAAAGUCCUUUAUGUUAUAAAAGCAGCAGGUCCUUAUUCUGGAGGCUGUUUUUGUACCACCAUGUUUUCUACAGCAUAGCAGAAUGGACAAACUUGCAAAAAUUCAUUGUUAAUUAUUAGGUGGCUACGUGAGACCUGCCAGUAGGUGAACAGAGUGGACAGAGUGAGAUCAGUUGUUGUUGUUUGUUGUGAUAAAAGUUUUUUAAAGUAAAAACUUGACAAAUGGUGGAUCAGACUAUCAUGCAUCACAGGAGAGUGGAUUUGAAUAAAUCUGAGAUUUCGUCUCAAAACAAAAGAACAAGUAAAAUGAGAUCAGGACAGGGAGAGAAUAAGGGUCAAAAAGGGUGUUACCUUUUCUUGAUGGAAAAUCCUAAUGACAAAUUUAUGUUUAAAGACUGAUGCCAAAGUUGUAAGUUUUCUGCUGGAUAGGUAAGAGAACAGUUAUUCACCUGAGGUUACAUUACUUUACAGAAUUAUCUCAGUUAGUGCCUCUUUCAGAAAUCGUGCUAAUUUUGAUGGGGGACGCCAUGCAUCUCAGAUUUUGGCACAAUCUUUUCAGACACUUCAGUGCCAUAGCGGCAAAACAUCAGAGAUGCUUUAAGGGGAUGCUCAAUGUUCCACAAUUUGGCAUAGGGAGCUGGCUGCUUACAGUAAACCAAAACUACACCUUUUUCGGGACUUUAUUCUAAUAAAAUAAACCUUAAAUCUCAUAACAUUAUGGCUUCAUUUACAUACGGCUUUAUUCUCAUAAAACAAUCUUACUACAACUUUAUUCCCAAAGGAAACUAAGACUUAACUUUUGUAGAAAAUGACUUUAGACUUUAGUUCUGAAUGAGGAAUAUUUAACAUGUUGCACUUGGCCCAUAAUGUAACCCUACAGUUAAGAUUAAUGGAGUGAUAUUGCUAUAGUAAAGUGAUGUAACACAGUUGUUGGUGUUUAGUAGUACUGGCAGACAUUGAAGUGUGCUGUUAUCACCGUGUUAAAUAAAAGUAGGCUUAUUUUCUCUGCUAUUUCCUGUGUUAGCAAUAUAAUUUCCAGAGAACUCAUGGUUGAUUGAUAAACCCUUAUUCAGAGACCAGGGUGUUAUGAUAUUUAGCUGAGCACAAGUUCUACCCCACUGUUUAUUGUAAAACAUAAACAGAAAGAGUCAAUUCUGUGGUAUGAAAUAUAAAUGGCACUCUUUAAACAUGUGUCUGUACUCAUUUGAGUUGUAAGUGACACCUUUCAUCAGAGUCUAAAUCAUAAACUUGUUAUUUUUAAGCUUCAGCUGUUUGUAUAUUUUGUGGAUUAAAGAAAGCCCCCUCAAAAAAAGUCUGAGAACGAGAAGAAAAUAGUCAGUCAGCGACAGGUUUAACACUGCUGUCUGACUGGAUUUGUUGAGACAGUCUGCAGUGCUCAUAGGACGAUCAGUGAUGCCAAAUAUAGAGUCAUUUAAAAAAAAAAAAAAAAAGACAACAUGGCGUCUGUGUUACAUAAGAACUACCAUUUGGUGGAUGUUUUCUUUACAAAGAGCAGUAUGUGUAAGAACAGUUAUUUUAACACGGGGUGUCUUCUAAGAAGUGACUGGGACAGAGCCUGUGGCACAUUUUGUUUCAGAUUGAUGAAAUCUCUUCAUAUUUUAAGAAAUGCUUUUUUGUUACACGCCCUACAACUGUGACUGAUUCUGUCUCCGAGGGUGUAGUGUAUCUAUUAUUCAUUUCUGGUUGAUUUCAGCCCCUGCUUCCUUUGUUUGAAAUAUCAUCUUUCCUUUUUGUUUACCUGCAGUAUCCUCCCAUCAUGCAGCCUCAUUGUGGGCAUUAACUCGUUUAAAUGAAGUGUUUUUGCACACCUCUCUCUUUGUAUACAUCUGUUUGACUUGCAGCUGCCGUGUGAGUAGAAAAAAAAAGGGAGAAAUGGCACAGAAUAAAAGAAACAUUGCUUUUUGUUUGUCACUCCGGGUGACUUUUUCGAGAAGGGUCAGAAGACAAAGCAGGUGAAUGACUGAUGAAACAAGCUUUUGCGGUAUGAGGGCAGGUCGGUCUAGACGGGAGGGAUGGUGUGUGAGCACCUGUUCCUCUGAUUGAUGUGUCCUGGCUCCAUCAGUAUCUCACCGGUCACUGCUCACGAUCACCUGCUGUUUUCCUGCCGUGUGCACGCUCACACUCACAGGCACGCACACACACACAAACACACCACAUAUUUGAGUUCAUUCAGUGAAAGACAAAAUGCUCUGACAGGCAAAAACUCCCGAGUCUUUGCAUCACUGUGUGCGUCUGUGUGUGGAUGUCUGUGUCCUUCAGAGACCGGCCAGGAGGAGAAAUCUCAUCACUCUGUUGGUUUCUAACAGGUUACGGCUCUUUUGUGGCUUUUCCCCCCUCAGACAGACAGACAGGAACAUUGUACAUUCUCUGUGCCGCUGCUCUGAGCUGUCAUGUUGUCUGUCCUGAGGCUGGAGUCCAACAAGUUUUUUCCUCCUAUUCCCAGAAUCCAUUCAAAGCAGAGACAGCUUUGGCUAAAAGGCAGAAAUCAAGCCCUCCAACUGCUGCUGCUGCUGCCACUCCCUGUCUCUUGGCCCUGGAGUGCCCAAGGUUGAAUGAGUCAGAACAGUUAAAGGACCAGUCUGUGUUUUUGUUCCUGGAAAUGCAAAUAAAACGGAUGCAAACGAAUCUUAAACAGCAUCAGAACUAAGUCUAAACUUGAGAUAUAUAAGAAAUCUUAAAAUACAACAAUUCCCUCUAUUCACAUUUACCUUUGUUUUUUUUUUUACUCCGCUGGCUACAACUCACACUUCUGAGUAAAAGUGAGCCUCUAACAAACGAAAAAAGGAAGGUCAUUUUGGUUUGAUCAAAGUUUGCCAAAUUGUGAAGACUAUUGAUUUUUGGCUCUUUGUGGCCUCACAUCAACUCCAGUGUUGUUAUGUGUGUGUGUGUGUGUGUGUGUGUGUGUGUGUGUGUGUGUGUGUGUGUGUGUGUGUGUGUGUGUGUGUGUGUGUGUGUGUGUGUGUGUGUGUGUGUGUGUGGGUGUGUGUGGGGGGGUAGGGUUUGAUUGUGACCAGGUAAAGGUUUCGACUAAGAACCAAACGUAAUUACUUUAUGUUUUCAUUUGCUGUAAACUUUGAUUUUAUUGAGUGUUUGUCACAAUGUGUUUGAUUUUUUUCCCCCAUUAACUGUAAUAUCUACUUUAAUUGUUGAAGUAGCGUGUCGGUGUUUCAUUAUUUUCCUUGUGUGUUUGCAUUCAUAUGUGCGCUUGCUUCAUUACAAAGACCUUAAAAAGGAACAAAUGGUUUGAUUGAAAUCAAUACCCAAUUAUACAGUCGUUGGAAGCACAACAGUACACUGAAACAGAAAACAAAUAACCUGCCUAAAGAUAUAUAGAUCAAUAUUUCACAUUUGUCAGAUUCAUAAAAUGUCUGAUCUGGUGUUUCCCAGCUUUUAUGUGUGUAUAUGAAUCUUAGUACAGCUCUAGUUUGCUGCAUUACCCUUUCAAUCCAAGGGUCGUCAGUUUGGCGGCACCAUCGACUAUCCGCAUGUUCAAGUGACCUUGGGCAGGACGCAGAACCCUGCCAGCAUAGCCAGCAGUGUUUGAGUGGAAGUAGUUCUCCUUAGUGGAUUUAAUAAAGUACUUGCUAUAGUUUUAGACUUAAAGGACACAUAUAAGGGUGGUUUAAACCCAUCUUAAAGUGGUUAAACAGUAAACAAGAAUGUCUUUAAAUCAAACAGGUGCUUAAUAUUAAUUUAGUAACUAAGGGUCACAUUUUGGUUCAUUUGAUACCCAGUCUUUCCAAAAUAUUUUAGAUAAACAAUAUCUGUAACUUGAACUUAAAGCCCCUCUAGAGAACAUUUAGUUUGUGUCAAUUUUGGCGCCCCCUGUGGAGAAAGCAGUCUUUGCUUACGUAGUUUCUUAUGACAAAAAUCUCAUUAUUCUGCCUUUUUAAAGUCAAAUGUUUAGUUUAAUUUUAUACUGAAUUGAAAAUGUGAAAACAGGUCUGUUUUUCCUCCCCUCUCGCACCUGUUUCAGGCUCUAAACUCAUGAGAUGAAAUUUGUCAGUAUUGAUGCUCAUCUUGUUUGCUUUGGUGUUUUAUAAAAAGGCAUCAAUAUGAAUUUCCGUCUUUUUCACAAACAGCCAAAAUCUCCUAAAAUGAGAUUUAAGGCAAUUUAACACGAAAAUAGCUGUUAUUAGCAUUUAGAGCACAUUAUAAUGAGAGAUGAGCGCGAUUACUGUCUCCUGAUUGAAAUGAGCAUCAACUUUUCACCAUCACAACUCCUUCAUGUCUCUACAACUAUUGUCUGCCAGUUCUUUUUCCUCCAUCUGUGUCUCCCACUACUUCCUUCCUCUCAGUAUGCUCUGACUUCACUAUCAUUUCUUUUGAUUUUCUAAUCUCACAGCAUCUCUCUCUCCCUAACCCGUCGUCUCUCAACCGAACCCCUUAUUUUCAUCCCCUUUGCCUCCACUGCCUCAGUUUGUCCAUCUGUUGUACUAAACCGAGCGACUGAUUGUAGUUGCAGCUGUCAAUGAAGUAAAUAAUCUGGGGGCUUUGAAGAAGAUGUUUGCAUGUUUGUCUAUAGACUGAAGGGGAAUUUGCUGCAAACAUGAAGUAUGUUAUGAUUUGGAGAGGCAGACAGAGGCUAAGUUUGAGGAUUCACAUCAGUGAUUAGUCUGAGCCUCAUAAAUCAUUUCCAGCACAAACCUGCACACACAACUUAAAAUGUAACCACCUACAAGGAAGUAAUUGUGAAAGUAUCAAAGCACACACAGGGGUUUGCAUACUGAUUUAGGCGAACCAAAAAUAGCACCACUGGUGCGCAGGCAAACAUGCUGCCAUUACAUGACAAACAACACCUUUCCUACUUGCAUGCUGUAUCUGCACAUUACACGUCCAGGCAAUAGAACAUAAAUUCAUACAUGCUGUCAUUUCUUGUACCUGGUACGUUUCGCACCUCAUUCUUAUCAUCUAUAUUUAUCUUGCCUCAUAAAACCGCUCUGUGUAUGACUGAAUUGAUCACCGUGUGUCCCUGCAGUUUGACAUGCAGCAGCUGUCUCUGGAUGAGCUGAAGCAGGUGCUGUUCCACGCCUUCCGGGACCACCUGACAAUGAAGGACAUAGAGAACAUCAUCAUCACCGAAGAGGAGAGCCUCAAUGAAACCUCAGGGAACUGCCCUGAGUAUGAGGGAGGUAAGGAGGCUGUUCUUAUGAGAAAUAAACACCUGUAAUUGUAAAACUGUAAUUCAUAGGGCUUGGUCGGCAGAACUUUUAAUUAACUAAAAAGUCAGACUGACGCUGAGACUUCUUUCACAGGAGAUUCAGCCAUGAUCGGGUCAAAAGCAGCUUUUAAUGCAUCACAAUGGCACAGAGCGCAGAGAGGCGAUGAGCUUAAAUUGAUGAGAGUUAAGAGGGCUAACAAGCCUGUUUCUGAACCCACAUCUAUGUCAAGCUUUUCAUGGUAAUUCACUAUUUUUAUGGGAAUUUCAACCAAUUAGAUUAGCCCGGACAACUGAGAAUAAGGAUGUCUAAGCUGUAGCAAACUAGCUAGAAAGCUACCUCUCAGAGAUGCCAGAAGAGAUGACUAACUUUUACAACAGAUAUUCAAAAUGUGUGAUGCACAUAAUUAUUCAAAUAAAACAAACAAGAUUUUUUGUGAGUAAACAUAAUCCACAGGGCGCCAAAAACCUCCCUGAAAGAAAGGUCCUUAAGUAAGAAAAUACAUUUUUUACAGAAAGUCCUUUUUUUUUUUUUUUUUUUUUGCAGUUUUCACUCUCAUUAAAGGGAUAUUCCGGUGUAAAAUUCAUUUUGGGUCAAACACACCUUGACACUGACAUAGACACCCCAACGAGAGAUGAAUGUUACCGACCGCUUGCUUCUCUAGUUAUACCAACUUUGGUAACAACCGCAUGAUAGUAAUACACAACGGUCUGAGGAGCCAUAAACAAACCUCAAAAAAAAAAAGCCACAAGUAAUGCUCAGAACAGCACCUAACUUCAUCAACAGUACAUAUAGGGUCCCAGCCACCAAAAAUCUUUUUAACUUUGCCUAAUUUCUUUAGCAAAGAGACUAAACACAACUCACCCACUCUCUUCCAGCAGCCGCUUGUUGGUAGCAAGACCUCGGGCCAGUCCAUUACAGACUAAAGCGGGUGACGCAGCUCAAGGAAGAACAUUUAUGAUCAUUUUUUUAUAAUUUCCUUGAAGUAAUAAUCAUCAUUUUAAUCAUUUUGCACUGCAGACACUGUAGUUCUUCUGCCUUAGCGUCUCAGUCUGAUUGCAAUUCCAUGAAGAAGAAGAAGCAAGCGGUCAGCAACAUUUAUCUCUUGAGGGGGUGUCUAACUCAGUGUUAUGGUGUGUUUGACCCCAAAUCAAUUUUGUGCUGGAAUAUCCCUUUCAUUUUUAUUUUACUGCCUCAAGAACUUAACAUGAACCAAAAAUGUUAUCUGUGGGUGACUGUUAUCACUGACUGCAUGCUGCUUUCACAUUUUGCCUACCACAAAGUCAUUUCUCGUGUAUUUAGUCAAAAAUGAACCUACUUGUUGAUGACAAGUGGCGAGCUGUCUUGAUUUCCUGAAUCUCUCUUUGUUGCCAGGCAACCUUAUGGGGACAAGAGGCUAUUAAAAGACCACACAUUGCUGAAGAAGCACAGAUUUUGGUUAUGAUGAACAAAAUGUAGCCAGUGGUUGGUCUGUAGGUGUGUAUUUGAUCUUUGAAUGAAGCCAGGCUUGCACUUUGAUGCUGUUUUCAGUCUAUGCUGAUGAAGUUCAUUAUUUCCUGUGUAUGGAAGUGUAAGUGGAGAAAAGGGAAAAGUAGGAGGUGAUCUUUCAUUUUAUCUGCAAGUAACAGAAUUUCAAACCGCAUUUUAAAGCUAGAUUACAGAUAGACAGAGAACUGAUAAAUGCAGCCUCAGACAGUAGUUAAUACCACACAUUUCAACAAGAAAGUAUGUCCACGCUACUAUAAAACCCACUUUUCCCUGAACCAAAAGGUGUCAACAAAUAUACAACAAGCAGCUGAUAUUUGAAGAUAGACGUUGUGACAGUGGCAGACUGAAGCUGAGCAGAAAUAAAUAUUUUGAGGAGUGUGGGAGAGAGAAAAAAGUGGAAACAGAGAAAACAGAAAGAGAGAGCACAGAGACAGGAGAAAAAAAUGUGCUGAAGUCUUUGUUCAGUUGAAAUAAAGUGUAAGACAAGGCGCAGUGUUGAGGGAUCUGAAAAAAAGCCAACACUUUUGACGUGCACUUCUGAACAACUUUCUUAAUCCUCCAUCUGCUGUCAUCCUGAAAUGAAUAUCUACACAGAGAUUUUAUGGAGAUCCUGAGAAAAGGUCGAGCAUGUCAAAGCAUGUUCAAGAAAACAGAUGUAAUAUAAACUGAUUAUUCAAAUGAUGUUUAAAGGUCAAGGUAAUGCAUGAAUUCAUUGGUGUCAUAAAGAGGACAGUCUUGUUUGGUUUCUUAAGUUUAAAAUCCUAAUUGAGACACAGAGGACGAUUUUUUCUGAGGCAUUAGACUAUUUUAUGUCACUUUGGAGAGCAAAGAAAAUCAAACAACUAAACAACCCAAAAAUAAAUGAAUAUGACCCUUUUUACUCGUGGUGCAAAGCAAAGAAUUGCCUUUCUGCUGUGACACAUCCGAAAGGCACACCGGGACAAAGGUGGCGAUGCAUCAAAUGUAACAGAAAACUAAGAGGAUCUUAAUGAAUCUGCUGGGUAUUGGUCCACCGUCUCGAUGAGACCCCAGGAGACAGCCAUGAAGAAGUGGAGAAACGAAGCAAAAAGAGACGGUGAACAGAGAGAUAAGAGGCUAAGGCCAGGAUCAGGAAACUGCAGGCCUCGCACUCUCUUUCACUAAGUUCUUGUGUUGAGGGAAGGGCGAAACAUGGAGUUUGAGAACUGAAUAACAACAGUGAAAAAGAAAAAGGGCCAGGGAGGAAAAAAAGAGGUAUAAAGGGAGCCUCUUUUGUACAGAGAACAGCUGUAUGUCUCUCCACAUUUAACACAUUUAACCCUCUUCCCACAUCCUCAACUUCCUUCUUUCGUGCCUGCCUUCCCCAAUCUUCUUCCUCUCCAAUGGGACUCCAGAGCCUUUUAAGCAUCUCUCUCUCUUAGAUCCAUGACUCACAGCUCUGACUUGAUUUAUUGAUGCGGUGUGUGAUUUUUACAAACUGAGACAGGGGGGCUGACAGAGAGGAAACUUUAAGUUGUAGCUCUUGCUGCAAGGCUCGUUGGAGGACACGUAUGUCUCUACUCUUCUUCCUUUUUUAAUCUCGAGGGAUUAUAUCUUUGGGGGGCAGAAGACUUCUUAGUUCAGUUGUUACUGAAACGUAUUAUCUUGAAAAAAAGAGUAAAGAAAACCAAAACAGCUUUUGCCUUUUGUAUAUUUAUAGUGUUUUACAUGUGGGACGCUCUUACUGAUGAUCUGGGUUACAGUGAAGCUGUAAAACACGACAGCUAGGAUUCAGAAGAAAUGAAACCAAGUCCAGUCUUCUCAAUACAAUAUACAGAUUUGUGUUUUUCUGAAAGCACAACAAUAAUUCAUGUUGGGAUAUUCGUCUCAAGCACUUUGUGAAUUGACUGACUUGCAAGUAUCUGCUCAAUGUAAAAGGUUUUUUUUUUUAGAUGCAUCUCAUGAAAUUAACAUGGGGCAGCUGCUGGAAUAGAUGUGCCGAGAUGUGAUUAGCCUAGCUUAGCAUAAAGACGACAGCUAAGGAAACAACUGCCUGGGCUUUAUCCAAACAAUCCAACACUAAAAUCAGUAUUUCAGAUCUCCCCCUAAACUCACUCAUUAUGCUUUUAUUUGUUCAUUGAUGGGUUUGUUUGCUUGAUUUAAUGUCAAUUUUACAUUUGGAAGAGAGAGUGGGGUUGUCCUGUUACCAUUAAGUAUGUAAGGGAGAGAAUGUAGUUAGUGAGUGCAAACUAGAAUCCAAACAGGGUGAGACAAGAGUCUUAAUAACCCUGGAGAGAUUCUAUUGAUCAACAUGAUCACUGACUAUCUCUACAGUCUCCUUACUUUUUCUAUUUUGCAUACCCAAACCCACUCAAGAUACAUUAUACUGCAUAUUACCCAGGGUACCAUCGUAAGAUACGGCAAGUUGACUCUAGGUUCCAUAAUUAUAGCGCUGCUAUGGCAACAUUAUUUACAUCAGCUGCUGAGAGGGUCACAUUGAUAUUCAACUUAACAUUUUUACUCACCCGAAGUCGAAUCAUGAGUGUUUUUCCAAAAUCAGUUCUUAAAAGCUGCCAGAAACCCAUACUAAUAUCUUUUUCACUUGCCUGUUAUAACAUCCCAAACUAGUCCCUGUGCAGUUGUCUACCCCCUGCCUCCUUUUUUCUGCUGUUCGCCUGUUUACAAUCUGAUGGAAAAAUACUAUUCAAGUUGUGCACAAAGGUCGUAAAACUCAGGGAGUGUAAGUUCACUUUGAAGAUUAAGUGAAUGAGAGAAGGUCACAGGGAUACAGAAACUAUGCAAGGACAGCAGAAGCACAAAGAAAAGGAUGAGUCCAAGUGCAAAUGUGACUUGUCGUCUGUUGACCAUGUUUUGAAAAGAUGAAGAUUCGAGAAGCAGGGAUAAAGACUCUUAUAAUAUAAUAAAUAUACUUUCAUUAUAUAUCCUGAACUCUGCUGUAUGCUGUCUGCCUUUUAAGAAAGAUUUAUCUAUCACAGUCAUAUCUAAAGUUUUGUGCUCUUCAAACUAGAGUGAUAUUAAAAUAUCCCGUGUGUUCCUGUCACAUUUUCAAUCGUUGAUUAUAUUAGUGUACCAGAAUCCUUCCUGUGGGUUUAUUUGAUCUGGCUUGUCAGGUUGACUCUGUCGUUAAGAGCUGAUCCUGUUGUUAUGGGGGUUCAGCCAAUUAGAGUCAAGUAUUUAACACAUCUGGGUAAUAGGGAGGCUAACUUAAUCCUCUAACUUGACUCAACACGCAGACAUGAGUGGGAUGUCUGUUGAUUAAGCAUUUUUUCUAAAAUUUGAAAUUUUUCUUAAGUUGUGUUUUAAUUAUUUAACAAAAUCAAUUAACUGUCUAACUCACAGGCACAUGAGAGGUAUUAACAGAACUAAUAGCUCAUCUCUUAUUCAUGAUCUCCUCUUUCACUUUCUCUUCCAGUUCAUCCCAAGAAGAAGAAUCGUCAGACGUGUGUGAGGAAAAGCCUGAUCUGCGCAUUCGCUAUGGCUUUCAUCAUCAGUGUCAUGCUUAUCGCAGCCAAUCAGAUGCUGAGAAACGGCAUGGAGUAACCACUUGCACUGUGAGCAUGGGAAGUGGACAGAACAGCCAUGACCUCACAUUUUUCUUGUCUUUGCAGCCAAAGCAGGAACAGCCACAAAUCAAGCACUUCUUUAAACACUUGGUUAAGUUCUUUUUUUUUGUUUGUUUGUUUAUUUUUUUAUUUCCAAUUUAAUUUAAUCUUGUUUUCUCAAAGCAGAAAAGGAUUGUGUAUCCAGAGGUGUAUUUGUUCUGCUCCGAAGAUGUCACCAUGUCAUGUUACUGGACUCGCUGGAACCUGAACCGGGAAAGGAUUAUGGUUUUAUCUAAAUUGAAAUUUAAUGAGUUUUGAUUUGUUGUUUUCAAUACCAAGACCACCCUUUAAACUUUAUUUUACUAUAACCCAAAAUGUUUUUCAGGUGCUUUGAGCCAUUCUAAUAUAAAAACAAAUAAAAGUUGGCCUGUAAUCGACAGCUACUUAUUAACCCCAGAGAAGUUCUGUUGAAUGUGAACUGAGUGAAUGUGAGCACUGAAUGUCAGCACAGUAUAUUUAAAUGUAUAUCUCGUAUUGUAAUGUAUUAACAUCUCACAUUGUGUCACUUACCAACAUCCUUAGGUCGGGUCUCUUUCCUAAGGAUUUGCCGCAUAUGAAAUCUUUGUUUGAAUCUAUUAGGAGCACAAGUCAAUACUCAGUGAGGGACCACUUAAAGUUAUCACUGUCCCGCUGUCACCGAUGUUAAGUCUUGUGACAAUUGUUGAUUGUUUUGAUGAUGUAUUGAUUGAUUGAUUGAAUGAUUGAUGAGGAGAGUCUUGUGGGAAAUGUAUGAAGGUCAUAAAUCAGAUUGAAAAGAUGGAGACAGUGCGGUUCUGUUACGUUGAAAUAGGACAAUGCUGAUAUUUGCCUAUGUUAUAAUAUUUUAGAUAACGCAUUGUAUGAAAAUGUUUCAUUUGUUGGUGUAUCAGCCUAUCAUUGUAAUACUGCCCAGCUGUGGUUAAUAGAAACCACAGACAAGCAUGCCAGUAUAUACACUGCCAUACUAAACAUUACCAACUCUUACUGCAUUUCCCAGGACUUCACUGUAUAUAAAGUAAUCCUAAGCUUGUGUAAUGUAUUAUUAUGUCAACAGCAGAAUGUAUGUGGGGUAGAAAUUUGUGCGAUAAAUCAGGGAUACACAGUCGAGCUGUGAUUGCAGCUGUUCUCCUAGAAAAGGCUGCCUUCUAGUGGAUAGAUUAAGAACUGCAGCAACACGCCUGAGCAACAACGUUUGUAAGAGGUGAAUAACACCACCGAUUGUGAGCUUUGAUGUGUGUUAUGUCAGUGUCACAACAGCAGUAUUGUCUGUAUAAAACUGGGACAUUUUCCCCUAAGCUAUUUGUGUUACUACUGCAGGUUUAGUGGCAGUUUCACUACAAUGGAGUGAAAUGAUACUGGUAAAAAAGAGGAUUCUUUAAGCCUGUCUUCUUCUUCUUUAAUGGACCGUAGAUCCCAUUUUAAGGAAAUGGUUUGUUUUCAGGGAGGUGGAGGGUUCGGUGACAGUCACAACUGUCACAACUUAUGAGAAUGUUUUUGGUUUUUUUAAGUGUGUGUCCCUUUUAUGUAACUGUUUAACAAAAACAACCAUUAUUGUGACCUUUUUUUUCCACCAUUCUGCUCAGCUCUGUGUAGAUGCAUCUUUAGAUUCACUUGUUAGUGUUAGUAACCACUGACUACGUUCGACCCUGUGAAACAACGUGGAUUCCGAAAUUGCAUGGUGCUCCCCUUGCACAUAAUUUAAUUGUUUGUUUUUUAUGGUUUCUGCAGAAUACAGAAAAGCAGAAUCAGAUAUUUCAAUCAAACUAAUGUGCAAAUGUGAGUUUAUCGACGAAAUUUGAAAGAGAGGGCUUUGUUCAAAGAAAUUAACUUUGUGAGAUCAAGUGUCACAGCAAAAAUGUAAUAUACUGUAAAUCAGUAUGCAUGUCGUUGUUCAGAUUUUCACGUCUUUGACAGACAGGGAAAUCCAUUUAUCUUUCUUUGUGGUGGCACAGCCUUGGUUCAAUUGUAUGUACUACUGUAACAUAUUUGACUUUCCAGUUUCUACUGUAAUAGCCAUUUUUUCUAGUUUCUACCAGCUAUUAAUCAAAUCAGAGUGCAGGAGAGGGCAUUUUCAUAAAUAUGCAAAUUCAAGGUCACACAUCACCGUCAUCAUCUUCUCUGUUUCACGUCAUCUUGGGUAGAGUCUGUAGAGGCCUCACUGUUGAUGGAAAAAAUGAUGUUUUAUUCACUUUACAUUUUUACUGGAAUGUUCUCACCAGAGUCCUGUAUAAACUGCUGUAUAAUGUAUGCUACACUUAUCCCUGUAAGUUAGUCUGCGUCUUUGAUAUUCUCAGCAAACUGACAUUUGACCAACGGACCAUGUUUUCACCUGUCUCAUGGUCCUUUUGAAACCAGCAUAGACCACUUUCUUUUAACAAUCCUUCAAUACUUGUGCCAUUCAGAUGUCCUUGCAUGGUUGUGCGAGGAGAAACUCAUUAAACAUACCUUUGAGCCACACUUUUUGAAGUUUACAUCAUUACUGUAAAUCUGUAACGGGAUGAAAUCAGAUGAUGAUUUUCAUGUUUUUGAAAGUUUCUUUGGAGAUUUGUUUUUACCAAAACAUGUUUUUACCUAGUAGAUUGUAAAGAGAUAAAAACUAAACAAAGAUAUGUAUUACAACCUUGGCAUGCUGCUUAGAAAAAGGAGAAAGAAAACAGCAAUAGUUACCAACUGAAUGGAUAUUUAAAAAUGCAAAUAAUGAGUUUAAUCUGUUUAAUCUGAAAAAAUAUAUCCAUAUAUGUUUAUGCAAUAAAUUCUUGUUUUGAUAGAAA